GUCUUUAUGAGAGAGCUCUCAAAGAACAAGGAAGUGCUGAUGUAGCGUAUGCUCGUCUUAUGUUACUGGGAUCAGCUGGUACUGGCAAGACGUGUCUCAAGCGUUCAUUAAUGGAAGAACCUUUCAAUCCUCAUACUACAAACACCAUUGUAUCUGAUGUAUCGUCUGUACGACCAUUUGGACACGAGUGGCAAACAAUGAGAGGAAACAAAUGGAGAGAAGCCACAGAAGAAGAUGAAAUUGAGGAACUUGCACAUUUGUUUAAAUCCAGUCGUUCUAAUCCAUCCUCACACCAUGCAUCUGAAUCAAGUUUAUAUCAUUCCCUUGAUUUAGUUGAUAUUAGUUCAGAUUUCGCUACAAAAACCUGUAUUGAUAAAUUGCUUAUAGGAGCUCAUGCUCAUAAGACAAGAGAACCACUUGUUCAACCAUUUCUUCAUAUAUGGGAUUGUGGUGGUCAGCCAGUGUUCCUUGAGAUUCUCCCAGCCUUCCUCACUCCUCAUACAAUGUUUCUCCUCCUGUUUGAUGCUUCAAAGGAUUUCAGGGAAAGAUGGCAGUCAUGUCAGAAUACUCCUGAUGGUGAAGUGCUGUUUGGCGAGGUAGUGAAUGAAAGCACAAGUGAUCUAAUGGCCAAAUGGAUGUCUGCAAUACACAGUCACCUCAUGAAGCACAACAAAGAUGAUACUUCCUCUCCUAGUCUCUAUUGUAUUGGCACUCAUGGUGACAUGCUAGAUGAAGAAGGAAAGGAAAAAAUAAAGAAGCAAAUGCUGCUAUUGUACCAGGAAAAAGAGUUUUCAAAUCUUAUUGAAGAUGUGCUAAUCAUUGAUAAUACAACCUCAGGUAAAGGAGAAAAAGAAGAUCCAAGCAUUACAAAAUUGCGUGGAGCAAUCGAUGAUUUUAUCAAUAAAUUAGUUGUCAAAACCCCUGUCAAUUGGGUCCUCUUUCGUAAAGUUCUUCAAGAGCUUAAGCAGAAUGUCAUUAGUGUAUCAGAGGCAAUUGCCAUUGGGGAAGCAUGUCAUAUACCAGCACGUGAUAUUCCCGUAGUAUUGAAAUUCUACCAUGAGCUGGGAGUUCUGCUUUUCUAUCCCAAAAUAAAAAGUCUGACAAAAAAAGUCAUUCUCAGUCCAAAAUGGUUUGUCGAUACCAUUGGGAAGGUGUUCCCACUAGAGAAAGGAUGGAGUGUAGGAAAAAAUUAUUGGUUUUUGUUACAAAAUAAAGGCAUUCUUGUUCAGCCACUCUAUCAAGAAGUAUGGCAGUCAAGUGGUAUUGAUCCAGAAGAAAUAAUUGAACUUUUAGUUCAUUUUCGUCUUGCAGCUCCAGUUCAAACCAAGCUUAGCAGAUUCAAGCAUUAUUUUCUUCCAGCAGUGCUACCAGGAUACACAGGUGAUCCUAAUGAAGUACGACCUGGUUAUAAGCUAAGAGCCUCACCUGUACACAUUACAUUCUCCACUGGGUAUGUACCUCCUGGCUUCUUCACUCGUUUAGCAACUGCUGUUGCUACUGAUGCCAAUGUUGAGCUCAAUUUUGAUAAAGAUUAUGCAGCACCUGACAUUCAUUCGAAAUGCAUUUAUCGUAAUCGCGUUUGCUUUUUUUAUGGUCAUCCUUCUGAUGAUUUUGUUCUCACUGAUGUUAAUAAAGCUAUUCAAGUUGAUGUGUUUCGAUAUGUACCUGAGAGUAGUCAUCCAGUUCCUUUCAAAGCGGUUUGUCAGCAAAUAUUGGAGUUACUAAAUGAAUGUUGCCAACAAGUAGAAGACACCCUUGAUAUUUACCAUCGUCGUGACCCUUACAUGCUCCUUGGUCUUUAUGCUUAUGAAAAAUCAUCAAGAAUAAUAGAAUACGUGUGUCAGUGCAGUCCUUCAAGUGAAGUCCAUUAUAUUCAAGACAUUGAUCCUGUGAAGCAAACCUGCUCUCAUCUUGUUUUUUGUAUAAUGGAAAGAAGAAUUCCUCGCUCCCUAACCAUUAAUGAGUCGAUGUGGUUUAAAGGAAAUUUGUCACAAGAAAAAUAUCAAGAGAUGCAACAUUUGGAAAAGAUUAAUGAUGAUACUACUAAGCCAACAAUUCAAAGGGCUGAAUCAGUCACAAUUUACUCACCCACACAGAUCAGUGAGUCCAAUGAUAAUCAACAAAAAGUCAUAUUGACUAUCAAGGAUCUUGCAGAGAUAUUACAAGCGCUAAAAGAUAGCCAUUUUGAAGCUACAAAAUGGUUUGAUCUUGGUCUCUACUUGGGUCUGAUCUAUGGUGAUCUAAAGAUUAUUGAGACUAACUAUCCACAAAAUAUUGAGCGAUGUCUCAGAGAAUGUUUAGCAUUAUGGCUUACUGAAGAUAUUGAAGCAACAUGUGACAAACUAGCUAUUGCUGCUGGUGAAGUAGGAGGGACAUCAGUUGCCACUAUUGCCACUUCUAUAA